UAACACUAAAAUGUAAAUUAUAUCUUUGAAAGUUUUGCGAUGGUAUCUGUUAUAUAUUUAUAAUAUGAAAAUCUCCCCACACGGAUGUGCGGAAGAAAAAUCUAGUUUAACAUUAAAUUAAGAAAAAAUAACAGUAAUACUCCAUGUGACAAGCUUAAUUCAUCGUUUCCUGUCACCGUAAGCUUCGUUCGACACAACAUAAUAAAAACUCAAGUCAACAUGUCUCCUUCACGUCUUCUCCUUUAUCAUAAGCAGAAGAAGACUUUACUGUUUGACUCUCUCUCUCUUCUGAAGCCAUGGAUUCAAUAACUAUCCUGUUAGCGUAACAUCCCUAGUUGUGAUAUAUGAAAAUAUUUAAGAGAAUUGAUUUGGCUACAUAAGUCACCAAAGUUGACUUUUUUUUUUCUGUCACACGUCUGUUUAGAACUCCAGAGUUUAACGUAUUUGGGAUGGAGUAGUGAAAUGAUGGGUGACCUAUCGGAAAGUGAUUCGCGAUACCGUGCGAGUGAGGCCGACCGGGUGGUGAUUGCAAGGUCAGUAAACAAUGAUUCCGAGCCUUGGAAAAUUAACGGAGCGACCGUCAGACGAGAUGCGGUCCACGGGCCGAGAGAGCGGGCGUGGGUGGCCCAUUAGCCGUGGACGGAUCGGGGCGUUACAAGUGGUAUCAGAGCUGGUUAGCCAUCUCAGUUCUGACCCAAGAGGCGUCUUAAGAUCUGUCGUGGCGCCACGAGGACGUUGCGUUCUUUGAGAGAGGGUGAAUUGUAACAUCUCGAGUUGUGAUAUAUGGAAAGGCUUAAGAAAAUUGAUUUGGCUACCUAUGUCACCAAAGUUGACUUAUCUUUUCCGUCACACAUCCGUUUAGAACUCCAGAGUUAAGCGUGCUUGGGCUGGAGUAGUGAAAUGAUGGGUGACCUAUCGGAAAGUAAUUCGCAAUACCGUGCGAGUGAGGCCAAAGCACGGGAAAUAUCGGGUGGUGAUUAAAGGGUCAGUAAACAAUGAUUCUGAAGCUUGGAAAAUUAACGGACCAACCGUCAGACGGGAUGCGGCAACAGGUUUGGGUGGCCCAUUAGCCGUGGGCAGGUCGGGGCGUUACAGUUAGGUUCCUCAGGGAUCAUCCUCAACAAUGAAGGUGCUGAUCUUUCACUAAAUUGGACAGACUCAUCUGAAAACAAAGCUAUCUUGUAGUAUUUUAUUUCAGACACACAUGCAAAUGAAAAAGUUUUUUUUUUUUGUGGAGAUGACAAGUCAGUUACUUUGGACCAAUGCGCACCUCUUGUUCCAAACUUUCAACCACCAAUGGGAUGGCAAAACCAUAUACCUCAGUGGUACUAGCUACCCACCUGCAGCGAAUGCCAAGUCAAAACCAAGGAAACAUGCCAUGGCCUUCGAAAGGCAAAGCUUCCAAGACGAAAGGGAAAUGAGAUGCAUGUGUCUAGUGUAUCAAGUGAAUCUGACUAAGGAAAGCGAUGAUGAUACUGUUUCCUCUUUAGAAGAUCAACGUAAAAGACAUUCUCUUGGUCGUCAAAGAAAAACAAGAAGAAGUCGUUUGCUGAAAGUUGCAUUCUUGUUUUGGAAAGGCAGAGAAGAAUUGCUGAUCAGAGAUCAGCUUCGAGUGCAUCACGAAAAGCCUCGAACCGAGUUUCUUUGGUUCGAGAAAGGGCAACACAAGAAGGUGAAGUAAGAAAAAUAACGUUGCGUUUAAAACGGUUGGAGACAAAACAAGUCGUUUUACUGCGUCAAAUAACAGACUCGGAAACGCUUUGUUUGGUUGUUACGUCAAAAUGUUUUUGAUAUUUGUUGGUUUUGCUCGUCUUACGAUUAUAGAUUUAUUAAUAUUUUUGUUUUCAGAAUUUUUUUUGUAAUUUUAUUGAGUUAUCUCUGAGAUUUAAUAUUUAUAGAUAUUGGAUUAUAGACUCCAGUAGCAAACUAAAAAUAAAUAUCUUCUCAAUGUCACCGUCCAUAUGACAAAAAUUAAAAUUAGCAAGUGCACAACUCUACUAUUAUUUAAUUAUUCAUCGUGUUUUUAUGUUUUACCGACUAGCCACAACGCGUAUAACGAUUUGAAUGGUCCACCUGAGGAAGUUUAAAUAUUUUUCUUAUGAAUAAAAGUUUGAUGCAUGAAUUAUACUUUGUGCCGUUUCUAUUUGUAAACUUUGACUAGAAUUAGCAUAAGCGCUUCUAUUUAUUUAAUUUAAAAAAUAUAAGAUAUUAUCAAAUUGCUAGUUGAGAAAUGUUAUACUUUUUCGAUAUAUAUAUAUAUAAUCAGAGAUUUGUAGUUAGACAAAACAUAUCAUUAAGAUGGAAUCAACAUAUAAACAUAGGCUCUUAGCAUGCUUUUCAAAAGAAAAAUCAUGAAGUGGAGAAAAUUUGAAAAUAUAUAAUUUUAGAAUUGAUAAUGUGUAAAACCGUUGAAGGAUACGAAUAACAAAUUCUUAUAAGCAUUUUUGUUUUCUUUGAAGUUUGCAUUUUGACCGGUUUGAAUUUUGUAUAUAACGAAGACACUAGUACAACUUACAAACUACAUUAUCUAUACUAUUAAAAGGGAAGCAUUCUUAAAAAAAUCUACUUAUGUAAGGUUGUUUGGACCUAUUAGUUAGAUUAACACCAUAUAAUUCAGCAUAUUUUUAAGCAAAAGUAAUAUUCCAUACAUCAACUCAUAAUUUCCUUAAUGUACAAAAAGAGAUAUUGUAACUAACAACAAUAUUUUACCUAUCUAUACUAUUAAAAGGGAAGCAUUCUUAAAAAAAUCUACUUAUGUAAGGUUGUUUGGACCUAUUAGUUAGACUAACACCAUAUAAUUCAGUAUAUUUUUAAGCAAAAGUAAUAUUCCAUACAUCAACUCAUAAUUUCCUUAAUGUACAAAAAGAGAUAUUGUAACUAACAACAAUAUUUUACCUAUCUAUACUAUUAAAAGGGAAGCAUUCUUAAAAAAAUCUACUUAUGUAAGGUUGUUUGGACCUAUUAGUUAGUCUAACACCAUAUAAUUCAGCCUAUUUUUAAGCCAAAGUAAUAUUCCAUACAUCAACUCAUAAUUUCCUUAAUGUACAAAAAGAGAUAUUGUAACUAACAACAAUAUUUUACCUAUCUAUACUAUUAAAAGGGAAGCAUUCUUAAAAAAAUCUACUUAUGUAAGGUUGUUUGGACCUAUUAGUUAGACUAACACCAUAUAAUUCAGCCUAUUUUUAAGCCAAAGUAAUAUUCCAUACAUCAACUCAUAAUUUCCUUAAUGUACAAAAAGAGAUAUUGUAACUAACAACAAUAUUUUACCUAAAGAGUUUAUUAUUAUUUCUUAAUACAGAAAAUAACUUAAGGAAAUAGUCAUAACAAACGGAUUAAUAUUAAUGUGCAUAUUUUUAAAUAUUAAUGUCCCAUUUUAAAACUAAUUUAUUUAUAUAUGUAGUAGAAAACAAUAUUAAAUUUUGAUGAAAUUUUAUUAAAAUUUACAAUUUUUUUUUAUUUUUUAACUUGAAUUUGCGAAAAUUGGGUUUUAAUAUUGAACUAGGUCCGAUUUAACUCAAAUUCGGUUUUUAGCACAACUCAGAACCAGUUAGAAGAGCGAGUCAGGAUCCGACUGGUUCGAUUGUACGGUCCAAUCAUAUUUUCAAAACAUUGGUUAAUACAGUUCAAUAAUUAAAAUAUAUUUUUUUAUUAAUGAAUAUCUUUACUAAUAAAAACAUACAUAUCAUCUUUAAAUCUAUUUCAAACAAAUCUCACACUAUAAAAAAUAAUGAAUAAUAAAAACAUUAAAAGUCAAUAGUUAUAAUGUGAAACAAAAAAAAUUAUACUAGAUUUAAAAUUUAUUAAAGAUUAAAAACCUCAAAUCCGCGCGGAUCAAAAUCUAGUUAUAUGUUAUAAUCGAUGAUAUAUCAUGUUUUUUCAGGAAUUAAGCUACUAUUUUAAAUCUCAUUUUGUAUAUCUUAUGACAUUUUAUGUCCAAAAUUUUGGAAAUUGUUAUAGGUUAAUUGUUUCGGUCCACAAACUUCACUACUGAGUUUUUUUCAAAAAAAAAAAACUUCACUACUGAGAUAAUUUUUACAUUUUAUAACAUCUAAAUCAAAAAGAAAUAAUUUCAUACAUUACAUUUACAACUGCAUGUACAAUGUAUGGUGAUGUAUUAAAUUUAUAGUUAGAUUUUUUACCUCUUGUACAUUCAUACUCUAUAUGUUUUGUGAGCGAAGAUGAGUUUGUUAUAUUAGCACUUUUGAAAGAAAAAAUAAUAUAAAUCUUAGGGAUACUGUUUAUAUAUAGUUUGUAAUCAAGAAGCUCACCGAGCUGCAAAUCGUGUUGAGAGGUAUAUGAUAUUGUUUAAUGUCUUACCUGUACAUUGCACAAUAAAUAAUAUGUCUGUUAACGAAAAUUUUUUUUCAAUUGAAGCACCAAUUGUGCAGGUCAUACAUUGCUUUGCUUUCUUUUUGUGUUACUUGAAACAAGAUAAAAUUUUGUUUUCUGUUACAAAGGUUUAGUCUCCAGAAAAACAGAAUGGCUAUAGGAAUUCAAUCGUUUUUAACUACCUUUUCGAUUUAUUAUAUAAUUAGUAAAUCACACAGAUAAGAAAAAAAAAACAGAACAAUACAAACUAAAAAAAGGACAUAGGUUUAGGAAGGGGUUAGAGAACAUUUUCCCUUAUAUAAGACAGAUUCAACAUUUGGUUUCCUUUGGCUCUCUCUUUGAGAAAGUUCCAUAAGUCCCACAGCCAACAAGUCGCUCUUGAAUUGAAUCUCAAACCCUAAUCUGCCCUGCACGAUUCUGAUGUUAUUCUAUAUUAAUUCUUCAGCUGUAAGGCUUUGAAUAAGUCUGUAAAUAAUCAUAUUUUAUUUUGAAAAGUUCAACAGAAACCCCCAAAAAAUAUAGUUUUUGUUACAUUAUAAAGUUGGAGUUGCCGGCAAGUUAUGACAGCCGGAGGCUGUUUGGACAUCCAAACAAUGUUGUUCGGUCGUAAAUCAUCGAGCAAGUUACAGGUAAAAUUGCUCUUGUUUUCGUGAAUGAUUUUAUGCUAAAUUUCUCUUGACUGAUUUUGAUUAUUCAUAUGCACAAAGUCCUUUCAUGUAUUCAGGAAAUCAUAUAAAUGAUAUAUAGAAAAGUCUUGGAUUAAUAAGUUUUUGUCUCUUGACUUAUUAUGUGUACCAGAUUUUUAUAAGCAUUCGUCUUGUCCAUGUUAGAUCAUCAGAUUGUAUCUUUUUGUUACAUGAUGAUGAAUAAUAAAGGAACUAAUUAACAGUUUUUCAUAAUAACAAUUUUCAGCCAAUAAAAAGCCAAGCGUCACCUAAAGUUAGCAAGGUUAAGAAGCAGGAUGAUAAAUCUUCUUCUUCUUCUUCUUCACCUAAACCUUCUUCUUCACCAAAACCUUCAUCACCUAUACCGAUUAGAUCAUCUAAGACAAUAUUAUCCGGGAGCCAACUAUCAUCAUCAUCGAGACGUGUUUCUUCGCCUAUGGGCAUCCUAAAGAAUGUUUCCAUUAGAGAAGCUAAGAGCCCAAAGACAACCAGCUCGCCUAAAUGGACAGGAAACUUUAUUCUUAUGGUCGAGCUUCGCAGAAAGAUCGUUACCUUUAGAGACAUCAUUGACCUUGCUCCUCUCGAGGGUUCUCCUUCAAUAACCGAUAUGGUGAUGCAUACAAUGAAAGAUCUCCAAAAUCUUUGUCCUGAGAUUAUCCACAGCUCACAUAUAUCUGAAAUUAGACGCGCAAAUGUUGAUAAGGUUCUUGACCAUUUCUUCAAUGCUUUGAAAUCCAUUGGAGAUUCAUGGAUCGAUAACCCAGAAUGGAUAGCUAAGUCUAAGUAUUGGAGUAGCAGCGUUGGAAAGAAUCAGUCCGAUCGACUAGUGGAAAAGGUGUUAGCAGCAUUAGAUGGACUGAUCAAGAUGUCUAAAGAGAGAUUUGAUAUGAUGGAGAUUGAUGAAGUGGAAGAGAAGAAAGAGUUGGUUAGUCCAAGGACUGCCAAAACAUCGAGCAGUCGAGUUUUAUCUCCAUCUGAUUCAUUCUCCGACAGCAGAAGCUCGUUUUGCGGCUCACCAAUCACGCCAAGAUCGGUCCUUCCAGAACCAAUGAUGAUGGGUUCGCCUGGUAAAGUUGGAGACUUUGCAAACUCUGCAUCACAUCUUCUGUGGAAUAUGAGAGUUCAAGCACUUGAGAAGCUCAGUCCUAUCGAUGUUAAGCGGCUCGCUAUUCACAUUUUGUCACAGAAAGAAGCUCAGGAACCAAACCAAAGCAAUGGAGAAGAAGUGAUUAAUGUUGUUGAAGAGAACAAGCAGAAGACGAAUGAGAUUGAUGUGAAGAUGGAGACAGAAGAAUCUGUUGUUCUAGAUGAGCAAGAAGAUACAUUCAUGAAAGUCUCUCCACUGGAUUCAACAUCUGAAUCCAAACUCAAUGCUUCAGUGAAAUCUGAAGUUGCACCAGCAUCUUUGUCACCACCACCACCUCCUCCUCCUCCUCCUCUAUCCACUACAAAAUCUGUAUAUUUAGCUUCUCAACCGCCACCUCCUCCUCCUCCGUCACCACCGCUGAUUACAAAGGCUAAUGUGGUGGCCAUAUCAUCAAUCCCACCUCCUCCGCCACUGCCACCAUCUCCACCUUCCAUUAUGCCUUUACAAGGCUCUAUUCCACCACCACCGCCUCCUCCUCCAGGAGCUGUGACGGCCCCACAACCGCCGCCAUCACUUCCAAGAACCACAAUGGCGCCACCACCGCCUACCCCACCUCCAGGGACUGCAGCUGCACCACCACCACCGCCUCCUCCUCCACCAAUGCAAAACAUAGUACCACCACCUCCACCAAUGCCUAUACCGAAUAGAGCCGGUGGUAGACCACCGCCUCCACCACCACCUCCUAUGCCUCAAGCUAAUGGAGCAGCACCGCCUCCACCACCACCUCCUAUGGCAAAGGGAGCUGCACCUCCUCCGCCACCACCUCCUAUGGCCAACGGAGCAGCACCACCUCCACCACCACCUCGAAUGGGUGUGGCAAACGGAGCAGCCGGUCCACCGCCACCUCCAGGAGCAGCUGGUCCACCGCCACCUCCAGGAGCAGCAAGAAGCUUGCGACCCAAGAAAGCAGCUACUAAACUAAAAAGAUCCACCCAGUUAGGGAACCUAUACAGAAUCCUUAAAGGGAAAGUCGAAGGUCGUGAUCCCGAGGCAAAGAAAGGUGGCGGAAGCGGAAGAAAAGCCGGAGUCGGAAGCGCACCAGCCGGUGGAAAGCAAGGAAUGGCUGAUGCUCUUGCUGAGAUCACAAAGAAGUCUGCAUAUUUUCAGCAGAUUCAAGAAGAUGUUGCUAAAUACAUGAAAUCAAUCAACGAGCUGAAGGUUGAGAUCACUAAGUUCCAGACUAAAGACAUGACUGAGCUUCUUAGCUUCCACCGCCGUGUCGAAUCAGUUCUUGAAAAUCUUACAGAUGAGACACAGGUUCUUGCGCGAUGCGAAGGGUUUCCACAGAAGAAACUUGAAGCAAUAAGAAUGGCUGUUGCAUUGUACUCGAAGCUGCACGGAGUGAUCACCGAGCUACAGAACUGGAAGAUAGAACCUCCUUUGGUUCAGCUUCUUGAUAAAGUAGAACGUUACUUCACAAAGAUCAAAGGAGACAUCGACACGCUGGACCGAACCAAAGAUGAAGAAGCUAAGAAAUUCAAGAGCCACAACAUCCACUUUGACUUCAACAUACUUCUUCAGAUCAAGGAGACAAUGGUUGAUAUCUCAUCAAACUGCAUGGAACUCGCAUUGAAGGAAAAGAGAGAUGAAAAGCUUGUGUCACCUGAUGCAAAGCCUAGCAUUAAGAAGACAGUAGGAUGUGCUAAAAUGCUGUGGAGGUCAUUUCAGUUUGCAUUCAAAGUCUACACAUUUGCUGGAGGACACGACGAUCGAGCUGAUUCUUUAACCAGAGAGUUGGCUCAUGAGAUCCAAACUGAUACUCAGAAUCCUUGAUGUAUCCAUCGUUUCGAAUCAUGACUACUACUCCUUUUUGCCUUUCUAAACACCUAAAAAUAUUCCAAAAUGUUUGAUAUGGAAUGAUAAAAAAAAAGUAUAUGUAUAAUAUUUAACCUAUUGUUUUGGCUUUGAGUUUGUAAUUUUGAAGCCCACCCAAAAAGACUAGGAUUUAGAGGUU